AUGAGGUAUUUGUAUCCAAAACCAUUAGAUUCUCUGUUCAUAGAAUCACUUCGCAAUGUAGAUACGAAAUACUUGAAAAAACAUCAGGGGGAACAAAAUUUACGAGCAUCAUAUGCGCCAGCAUUAGAAAAAUAUCAAUACGGACAUGAUACAGUAUAUCUGAACGAAAUGUUUCAAUAUUUAAAGCGAACAUGGAACCAAAUUAAGAUCGCAUUAUUAUUAUAUUUUCUUUCUUUAUUACCUUAUGUUGGUAAGAUUGUAUACCCAGCGGCAAGUGCUUAUGCCCUUAUUAAUUCUCUUGGAUAUUUCCCCGCCAUAACCGUUGGUGUGUUUAUGUAUAUCAUACCUGGUACAAAACCUUUUGCUAUAAUCUUCUUGGAAACUUUAUAUUCCUCUAGAGCUAUGAUGAGAGAAUUGUUAGAACCCUAUUUUGGUAGAAUUCAUUUUGAUUCAAAUGAGAGAAGAAAAUGGUUUAGAGAAAGAGAAGGUAUCUUAUUUGGGUUCUCUAUCGGUUUUUAUCCUUUAGUUAGAAUACCUUUACUUGGAAUGUUAUUCUAUGGCGUUGCUCAGUCUGCUACUGCUUUGCUGCUGGUUAAGACCUCAGAACCACCACCUCCACCUGGACUUGAAUCAACUUACAAAAUAGAUUAUCAUUACGUAGAUACGAGAAUUAAAAAGAAACAACAAAAGAAUGAAUGA